UCUUCUCAGAACCUAGAAGAAUCUCCAGUGAUGAAGCUGAGUCUCACCAAAGUCGUUAAUGGCUGUCGUCUAGGGAAAAUACAAAACCUGGGCAAAGCAGGGGACUGCACAGUGGACAUCCCAGGCUGUCUUCUAUACACCAGGACUGGCUCUGCCCCACACCUGACACAUCAAACACUGCACAGUAUCCAUGGGGUCCCAGCCAUGGCCCAGCUCACAUUGUCUUCCCUAGCAGAACAUCAUGAGGUCUUGGCAGAGUAUAAGAAAGGAGUUGGAAGCUUUAUAGGCAUGCCAGAAUCGCUCUUCUAUUGCUCCUUACACGAUCCAGUCAGCCCCGGCCCAGCUGGCUACGUAACAAAUAAGUCUGUGUCUGUGUGGGGUUUUGGAGGUCGAGUGGAAAUGACUGUUUCCAAGUUCAUGGCAAUUCAGGAGGCCCUGCAGCCAGACUGGUUCCAGUGCCUCUCGGAUGGCGAGGCGUCUUGUGCAGAAGCAACAUCCAUCAAAAGGGCCAGGAAGUCUGUGGACCGGUCACUCGUGUUCCUGGACAGCUGUUUGCGACUGCAGGAAGAGUCUGAGGUCCUUCAGAAGAGUGUGAUCAUUGGAGUGAUUGAAGGUGGAGACGUGAUGGAGGAGAGGUUGAGGUCGGCACGAGAGACAGCCAAGCGACCCGUGGGGGGCUUCCUUCUGGAUGGCUUUCAAGGGAAUCAAACAGUCACAGAAACCAGGCUGCACUUGCUGUCAUCAGUCACUGCAGAGCUGCCGGAGGACAAACCAAGGCUCAUCUGUGGUGUCAGCCGGCCCGAUGACGUGCUCGAGUGUAUUGAGAGAGGAGUGGACUUGUUUGAGAGUUUUUUCCCCUAUCAAGUGACCGAGCGGGGCUGUGCCCUGACUUUCACCUUUGAUUGCCAGCUGAAUCCUGAAGAGACAUUAUUGCAACAAAAUGGAAACCAAGAAGAAAUAAAAUGCAUGGAUAAAAUAAAGAAAAUUGAAGUAACUGGGUGUAACCAAGAAAUGACAUCAUUUGAAAUUAAUCUGAAGGAAAAAAAGUACCAGGAAGACUUUGACCCACUCGUGAGAGGGUGCUCCUGUUACUGCUGUAGGAAUCACACUCGUGCAUACAUCCACCAUCUGCUGGUGACCAAUGAGCUCCUGGCUGGCGUCCUGCUUAUGAUGCACAACUUUGAACACUACUUCCAAUUUUUCUGCUCCAUCCGAGAAGCGCUGAAGAGUGACACACUGGCACAAUUGAAAGAACUCAUCCGCAGACAGAUGUCUUGAGAACUGGAAAAUACAAACCUGCCUCGUCUCUGGAAAUAGUAAAGCGUCAGGAACCUGAGCUGGUGCGGAUGAAGAAGAUCCGCCCCAGACUGCCCACAGCUG